UUUAUCAAGCUUUAACAAUAGUGGCUUUUAAAAAUGAACCGACAAAAUAAACACUGAAAUCAAGAGAACUGAGAAAGUGAAGCAGAGUGAGAGAGAGAGAGAGAUGGCAGGGAGGCAUUGUUACAAGGAUGUGCUCCCAUUCACGGCAAUGGUUGCAAUAGAGUGCACAAACGUUGGUGUCAGUGUUCUAUUCAAAGCAGCUACUCAAAAAGGGUUGAGUUACUAUGUCUUCAUUGCCUAUUCAUUUGUUGUCUCCACUCUUGUUCUCCUUUUGCCUCUCCCCUUCUUUAUCAAAUGGUCAAGAGGGCUUCCUCCUUUGAACAUGUCUCUAAUCUUCAGAAUUUUUCUCCUUGGAGUUUUGGGAGUUGUAGCUCAGCUUUUUGGAUAUAAAGGACUUGAAUACACAACACCUACUCUUGCUUCAUCUCUUUCCAACCUUAUACCUGCUUUUACAUUCAUCCUAGCUAUCAUUUUCAGGAUGGAGAAGGUAAAAUUAAGGUGGAAAAGCAGUCAAGCAAAAAUCCUGGGUUCUACGGUAUCAAUAUUAGGUGCUCUCACAGUUGUUCUUUAUAAGGGUCCAAUAAUCAUACCCUCACCAUCAACACAAUCACCACCUAUUAUUCAUUCUCCAAUCACUUCUUCAACAACAGAAUCAAAUUGGAUUCUUGGUGGAUCUCUACUUGUUAUUGAGUUUCUUAUUGUUCCAAUAUGGUACAUUAUUCAGACUACAGUCAUAAAAGAAUAUCCAGCAGAGAUUAUUGUGGUAUUUUUAUACAACUUAUGUGGAGUACUAGUAUCUAUACCAAUAUGCUUACUACUAGAACCAAACUUGAGUGCUUGGAAGAUAAAUCCUGAUAUAACAAUGAUCUCCAUCAUAUGCUCGGGAUUCUUUUCUACAGGACUAAGUUGUUUGGUUCAUACUUGGGGACUCCAUAUUAAAGGCCCUGUGUAUAUAUCACUCUUUAAGCCUUUGUCAAUAGCUAUUGCUGCAUCUUUUAGUGCUAUAUUUCUUGGUGAUGCACUGCAUUUUGGAACUGUUGUUGGAGCAGUAAUAAUAUCGAUAGGAUUUUAUGCUGUUUUAUGGGGGAAAUCCAAAGAAGAAUCGAAUGAUGAGUUUGACAUAGGUAGAGUUCCACUUCCAUCAAAUAGCAAGACUCCUUUGUUGAAGGUCUCAAAUGUGAUAGAGUAGGAAUCAGACAUAAUGAUUCUUGAAGAUGUAAAUGAUAAAUAUAGUUGUAGUUGAUAAUUUAAGCUUAUUUCUUUGGUACGCUUUCAACAUUUUGUACAUCAAUGGCAUUUUAUAUUGACUGUGUGCAACACAAAAAAUCAAUUGUAUUCAAGUUAGUCCCUUUUA